UGUCUGCUCUCUGGCUGCUGCAUCCUCGAAGCUGUCAAAAUGGUGAAAAAGGCUUGUUCAGUUUGUUUCUGUCCAUUUCAACGUCCAACUUGGCGUUGAUAGUAUCGUUGUCUUUUUCGGCUUGUGUUGUGAUUUGAGAAUAAUCUACAAUGUGUGGAAUAUUUGCUUAUCUGAACUAUCUGACUCCAAAGACACAGAAGGAAGUUCUAGAGCUGCUUGUGAAUGGUCUCAAGAGGCUGGAAUACCGUGGAUAUGACUCUGCUGGAGUAGCAGUAGACACAGCCGAUGGAAAAGAUAUUGCACUCGUGAAGAAGAGUGGAAAAGUAAAGGUUCUUGAAGAUGAGAUUCUCAAAAACGCAUCCAAGCUGGACUUUGACAGCGUUACUACAAGCCAUGUGGGCAUCGCUCACACGCGCUGGGCGACACACGGUGUCCCCAGUGAGGUGAACUCGCACCCGCAGCGCUCCGACAACGACCACGCAUUUGUCGUCGUCCACAAUGGCAUCGUCACCAACUACAAGGACGUCAAGCUGUUCCUCAUGAAGAAGGGCUACGCGUUCGAGUCGGAGACCGACACUGAGAUCAUUGCCAAGCUGGUGCUGCACAUCUACAAGCAGCAUCCCAACUACUCCUUCCGCGAGCUCGUCGAGCAGGUCAUACAACAAUUGGAAGGUGCAUUUGCCCUUUGCUUCAAAAGCAAGCAUUUCCCUGGCGAAUGUGUGGCUACAAGGAGGGGAAGUCCUCUGCUGGUAGGCAUUAAAACCAAGACCAGACUCGCCACUGAUCAUGUCCCAAUUUUGUACAGUAAAGAGGAACCCACCAAGCAAGAUGCUGAAAAUCAUGCUCACUCAGACCAUAGGCCCCAUGGACGCCAAGAACUGCCAAUGCUGCCGCGGUCAGACUCGACGGCUGAAUUCCAGCCUCUCGAGGACAAGGAGGUCGAGUACUUCUUCGCGUCUGACGCGAGCGCCGUCAUUGAGCACACCAACCGCGUCAUCUUCCUUGAGGAUGAUGACGUAGCUGCUGUGAAGGAAGGCAUGUUGAGCAUUCACAGAUUGAGGAGGUCCAUGGAUGACUCCCACUCGCGUGAGAUCACCACUCUCAAGAUGGAGAUUCAACAAAUCAUGAAAGGUAACUACAGCUCAUUCAUGCAAAAAGAAAUUUUUGAACAACCAGAAUCCGUCAUCAAUACAAUGAGAGGUCGUGUCAACUUCGAGACAGAAACCGUUGUCUUGGGAGGAAUCAAGGAUUACAUUCCAGAAAUCAGGAGAUGCAGGCGCCUGAUGCUGAUUGGGUGUGGCACCAGCUACCACAGCGCAGUCGCAACACGGCAGCUGCUUGAGGAGCUGACUGAGCUGCCAGUCAUGGUCGAACAGGCUUCCGACUUCCUCGACCGAGUCACUCCCGUCUUCAGAGACGAUGUCUGCUUCUUCAUUUCUCAGUCAGGAGAGACAGCAGACUCUCUGAUGGCACUGAGGUACUGCAAGCAGCGAGGUGCGCUGAUCAUCGGCGUGACGAACACAGUGGGCAGCUCGAUCUGUCGCGAGUCGCACUGCGGCAUCCACAUCAACGCGGGUCCCGAGAUCGGCGUCGCCUCCACCAAGGCCUACACCUCCCAGUUCAUCUCGCUCGUCAUGUUCGGUCUGGUCAUGAGUGAGGACAGAAUAUCCAUGCAGCCUCGCCGCUCUGAGAUCAUAAAGGGUUUGAAGAACUUGGAUGAGCAGAUUCGCAGUGUGUUGCAAAUGGACGGUAAGGUGCUGGAGCUGGCCAAGGGAUUGUUCCAACAGAAGUCACUGCUCAUCAUGGGACGAGGAUACAACUUUGCCACCUGUUUGGAAGGCGCUUUGAAAGUGAAAGAACUGACGUACAUGCAUAGCGAGGGUAUUAUGGCUGGAGAACUGAAGCAUGGACCUUUGGCUCUUGUUGACCACACUAUGCCAGUCAUUAUGAUAGUCACCAGGGACCCAGUUUAUGUGAAAUGUAUAAAUGCCCUUCAACAAGUAACUGCCAGGGAGGGUAGACCAAUCAUCAUUUGUGAAGAGGGAGACAUUGAGACUUCGUCUUUCGCUUCCAAAUUCGUUGAAGUGCCUCACACAGUGGAUUGUUUACAGGGAAUUCUGACAGUGAUUCCAAUGCAGCUGCUCUCGUAUCACAUUGCUGUGCUGAAGGGUUGCAACGUAGAUUGCCCCCGCAACUUGGCCAAGUCUGUCACCGUCGAAUGAACAGAUCAUUGUCUUUCGUUAUGAAUUCGAAUACUCUUUGAUGAAACGGUUCUGAUAAUAAUCUGUUCUUCAAGCCAUCAAAUGAUAUCAACUGAUGUAAAAUGGAUCAUCAUUCCACUCUUUGAGUUGGUUGAAAUCAUAAGCUUUUGACAAAAUCUUACCAAAAAAUUUGGUGUAGGAUUUUUAUUCGUGAAAUAAAUUCAACAAGAAAAUAUUUUUAAAAUCCAACAAAUUUUCAAUACUAUUUGAUAUUGAUAACUGAUGGACAGUUUGAAAUGAUUUGUUCAACAUGGCAACUCCGGAAAAUCUACCUACUUUUGUAGAUUAUUUCAUUUUUAAAUACUGUAUUUUAAAGCAGUUCUUCUGAUAAUCAUGCAACUGUUUAUAACCACUGUUUUAUUUUACAAAUUUCAUUUUUAAAAUCUCAUCACAAACUACUUACUACUUUUAUUCUUAAUUCAACAUUGCAUAAAUUUCAGUUAACUCAUACUCUUUUGAUCUCAUAAUUUUUGUCAAAUGCCCAUGAAUGUUGUUACUUGAUAUUAUAUUAUAUUUUUAUAAAAAAUCAACUAGUUCUUAGAACUAACAUUUUACAUUCUGAAACUCUUCUUCAUUUUGUCAUUAUUAUUAUUUUACAUUCCAUUUGGAUUCAACUUUAUUGAGUGGAUACACUUCAUUGAAGAAGUGAAGUAUUAGAUAAUUAUGUUUGUCUACCCUGGUGCUAUUUCAUCAAAGUUACCUUUAUUAUUGUUGUAAAAAAUAUAUUUUGAAAUUAUAGAACUAUACAGCAUUGUUCAAGAUAGAGCUUUCUAUUACACUUUGUUCAUUUAUGAAUUCAUGUAUUUUAAUAAUUGAAUCGGUCUGAAGAGAAAGGGAACAUGUCAAAAAUCAUAAUUUUCCAGGGGAGAGAAAAAACUAAGUAAAUACAGAUAAAAGUAUAGAUAAUUUCAAGAUUGUUUUUUGUCAUUAGGAUGCAAACUCUUUCAAGACAACAAUUCUAAUCCAGUAUAAGCACUUAUAUAAAAUUCACCCCUUAAAAUUGAGUUUUUUGUUGACUUCCUUUUACUCAUGAUGAUAUUAUAAAUUAUCACUCUUCAACUUUUACAAUAAACACCUCUACCGAAAGCAAUCUAACCUCAAAGAAACGCGUGAAUCAACGGUAACCUAACAAUAGCAUAAAAAUCACAACUGACAAACAGUUGAUUUUUGAAUGUUCGGGGUUGAAAGGAAACAUGUGUGUCAUGACUAGUUCCCUUUCACUCCAGUACAGCAAAAAUACGAUCUCUGUUUCUCGAAUAAAGAGAAUGCUGGCAUGUUCCCUUUCAACUCCAAUCGAUGUAUCCCACAGUAAACAACUCAUUUCAACCAUAAAAAAAUGAAAAAUUUUGACAUGUUCCCUUUUUCCUCAGGCCGAUUCAAUUAUUCUAAUCACUUUAUCAUUGACAAAUUUUAUUCUGUUUCAAAUAUUUUGCAGCAUGAGUAGACAAUAAGAGUGGUUUUUAUAUAGAGCUUAAGCUGUUUUGGAGUUUUAUUAAAGAGGAAACAUUCUCAAUUAUUGAAGUUUUAUAGAAUGGAAUUUUUCAUUUAUCAUUGGUUGAUAUAAAUACAAUCAAUAUAAAUAAAAUAUUAUUUGUAUGAA